AGGUAUUAUUUCAGUUGUUUAAUUUAUAUAUUUCUCAAUGCGAUUCAAACGACAAAACGCAUUAUCAUCACUUCUAUGGUUAAACGGUAAAAAAACUAUUGUUCUGAUAACGUGAUGCGUACUUUUUCAAACAAAAGAAUGGUAACGGAUCACCAAAAAACUGAUCAGUAACAAUACCUUAUAUUUGGAAAUACUUUCUAAACUAGUGAAACAAUUAUACUAAAAUUAAAAAUAAAAGUGAUGGAAAACAGUGGCCUUGAUAAUAAUGAGGCGUGGAAACCGGUGAUGUGUGACAGAAUGAAAGCAUUGUACGAAAGUGCUAGCAAAACAAUGAAGUUCUGUCUUAUUGUUGGAUUUCUUAAGAAGCUUAAACGAGCGGGUUGGAUUCGCGAGAAUGUUAAAGAAUCGGAGUCCGUUGCAGAUCACAUGUAUAGAAUGGCUGUGUUAAUGUUGACGCUACCUGACGGCAACGUGGAUAAAAUCAGAUGCAUUAAAAUGGCGUUGGUUCACGAUUUAGCUGAAAGUCUUGUUGGUGAUAUAACGCCUUACGAUCCUGUUACAAAGGAACGCAAGUUCGAAAUGGAAAUAGAAUCCCUGCGACAAAUUGGUUCUUUUCUAGAAGAUAGGCAAAUAGCAAUUGAAAUUUGCGAUUUAUUUGAGGAGUUUGAAAAAGGAAUUACAGAGGAAGCAUGUUAUGUUCAAGAUGCCGAUAAAUUUGAUAUGAUUCUGACUGCGUUGGAAUACGAAACCUAUGACGCUGACCAUCAAUUAGAUUCUUUCUUUAACUCCACCAGAAACAUUUUUCGUACCGGAACCUUUCAAACGUUACAAAAAGAAGUCACUUCUUUACGUCAGACAGUUCUCCAAAAACAAUGCUUACAGUAAUUUACAAUGAUUUUCGUAGCGAAUUACUUGUUAUAAAAACGACGAAAAUUGUUUUAUAUCUUCGCGAUAAAACGUUCUUUAAAAAUUAUAAUAUGACUUGUACUUAUGUUUAGUACCAGACUCCACAAUUCCUUCUUAACGCUUUUAUUAUCACACAAUUUUAAU